AAGUAGGCCUUCUUCGACUUCAAUCUUCCUCUCUAGCUGUCGACUAUCUCUUGGUUCUCUCUUGGUUCUGUUCUCUUCUUUUCUCACCACCAUCUUUCAAAGCUACAUAUUUAAUGUAUUUGCGCAAGUGAUUCUCUGACACAGCCAGCCUGUCCAUAGCCUGUCAUUGCACCCCUGACCCACAGUCGUAGUCCCUUGUCGUCGUUUGCUUGCUGCCGAGGCAUUAUUCAUCUUUGGCCCCUACCACCCUGACACUGCACAUUGCGAGGUACCGGUACGCAGAUAUUGCGUAGAGCUUGCUCCCACGUUCUUCAGCGACAUCUUCUGUGAUAUCAACCGCGCCGUGAGAAAAUCACUACUGCAAUCUCAUCAGAUCCCCCAAAAUGACUACGACACCGCCAAAGAUGGACGGCGUAGAUGCCACGACUACCCCAGAAGGGAAACCAGAUUCCGCCCCCAAGACUACCCAAGACACCAAGACGGAGAGCAAUGGCGGGGCCGAGCAAACCCACCUGAACGGCGAAGACCUCGUCGACCCGCAGCUAGACUUCAAAGGCGAGGUUGACACGAAUAACGACAUCCCCUCGCCCAAGGUCCUGAAGGCCAUAGAGGACUACACUGUGUUCGACCAUGCCGGCAAGACUCAUCCCUUCAAGAGUUUAUAUUCCGGCCAUAACGUGGCACGGCGCGUUCUCGUGAUAUUCGUGCGCCACUUCUUCUGCGGUAACUGUCAGGAAUAUCUCCGCACGCUAUCCGCUUCAAUCACCCCCGAGGCACUGCUGGGUCUGCCCGUGAGUACCUUUAUCACCGUAGUGGGCUGCGGCUCACACGAACUCAUCGACCAUUACGUGAAAGAGACGGGCUGUCCCUUUCCCGUGUACGCCGACCCCACGCGCCGGCUGUACCAGGAGCUAGGGAUGGCUCGGACCUUCGCCAUGGGCGCCCGUCCGGCGUACCUGGGGGACAAGACGGUGGCGCACACGGUCGUCUCGGGCAUCAUGCAAGGCCUGCGACAGGUGAAGACGGGGCUCGUCACCAAGAUGGGCGACUCGCGCCAGGUCGGCGGCGAGUUCCUAUUCGAGCCCGCAUCGGGAUUGGUCGAGACCCCUAUUUCGACCCCGGAUGGACAGAGCGAGGCUGUGGAGGAGAAAUCCGUGACCUGGUGUCAUCGGAUGCGCACCACGCGCGACCACGCCGAGAUCCCCGAGUUGAUGGAGGUCCUUGGUCUGGAUGGUAAUGGCCAGCCCACGCGGGACGCCAAGAGGUGGAAGAAGGCGCUCUCUGCGAGGAAAGGUACGGGGUUGACUAUGGCUGGGCGUAUGAGCGUUGAUACGACGAAGACUGCGGUUGCCGCGGAAGCUGAUGCGUAAGGGACAAAUGGAUGGAUGGAUGGAUGGAUAGCGAAUGGUCUGGGACCGGUUCAUGAUUUACGGUGGCUAAGGUCUAAGGUUAGAGCGUUAUGGCGAUAAUACGAGCUUUGUUUUCUGGUAUCCAUGGUCGUCCCUAUUUCGAGCCCGUACGUGGUGGAACUCGGCACUGAUAUCUACCCAUGAGAUUAGCAUAUUGAAUCUGAAUAAUUCCCUCUCACUAUACGGUUGGAUGUCUUGACAGGCGUGGACGGAAUAGAGCAAGGAUAACCGGAGCUUCACAUUCGACGAAAAUACCUGUCAUGCGGCCCUAUGUAUGGGCUAUUCUUAUUAUGAAUUCUAUCUAGGUACACUAAAGCGAGGAUACGGAUAAGGAGAUCUAAACAGCCAUACACUGACAUUAUUUAUGUACAACAAGCUCUAUACUUCGCCUGCGACCUAAUCCUACAUUGACCAUCGAGAAAGCACUCUUGAAUGAGCUCUUGACACGUAAAAGAUGCCCAUAUAUU